CGCUCAGUACACUCGCAACCGGGGCCGCACGCACGCGUCGCUACAUCUAACAAGUAAACCGAUAAAAUAUUCAUUUAUUGUCAAAACUGUGAAUAAGUGUCUAACGGAUUUUUAAAUCGGAGUCGAUAGAACGUGACUUUUUAAAAAGGUUCGUUUUCGCGGGAGUGAAUUUUGAACGCGUUCACGUGGAUGCCGGCAACUCGGAUUCGAAAUUUGAAUUCGUCAAGGUCCUUAUUGGCGCGUUUUGUGCCUCCGCACUUUCGUUUAGUUAGUACAUUACAGAUCCAAGAUGGUGGUGCGAGUAGCAACGGACGAGCGUCCGUUUGAGACGCCCUCGUCGGACGAGAGCGGCCUGGGCCGCGACUCGCCCAGCGAAGAGUCCGAGCCAGAGGCAGCACUGGUGGUCCCACCCGAUGGUGGCUGGGGCUGGGUCAUUGUGUUCGCCUCCUUCAUGUGCAACGUGGUCGUGGACGGCAUCAUAUUCUGCGGGGGCAUGCUCAACGAUCCCAUCAAGAAAGAAUUUAACGCUAGUGAUGGUCAAGUGGCGCCUGUGCAGUCUCUGCUGGCCGGCUUCUAUCUUCUGGCGGGGCCUUUCGUUUCGGCCUUAGCCAACAAGUAUGGUUUCCGAGUGGUGACCAUCGUAGGCAGCGUGAUUAGUACCGUUGCAUUCGGACUCUCCUACUUUGCGACCAGCGUCGAGUACCUCUACUUAGUUUACGGCAUCAUUGGAGGUAUUGGUUUCUGCAUGAUUUACAUGCCAGCAGUGUUAACAGUCGGGUUCUACUUCGAGCGCUGGCGCGCCCUCGCCACAGGCAUUGCGCUCUGCGGAUCUGGCGUCGGUACUUUUGCGUUUGCGCCGCUUGGUGAAUACCUUCUCAAGUCCUAUGGAUGGAGGGUCACUGUUGUUAUGUAUGGAGGAUUCAUUCUCCUAUGCAUCAUCUUUGGUGCACUGUUCAGACCCAUAAAACCGGUACGAGUGGCGCUGGCUGAUCAAUCCGGCGAUGAUGACGUCGCUCGUCGGCACGAGGAAGCCGUCGAAAAGCUCAAUUCCAUGCUCAAAUUGCAUAGCAAGCUAGACUCCGGGAUCUCGAUGCCAGCCGAAAUGAGAUUCAGUAACAAAGUUAGUCCACACACGUGGGUCGGAGUUGCGAAUAAUACCCGAUACCCGACCGCCGAGGAAGUCUUCCGGGGCAGCAAUUCUCAUCUAAGCCGACGGUCAUCAGCAACUGCAGGAACGAUUAAAAAUACUCUUGGAAACAGACCGAUGUUCAUCACGGGCCCGGUCGCCGAGAAAGAUGAAGACGAUUCCAACAGCAAUAUUGACAACACUGAGCCACUCAUCAGCGCCCCUAUCAAAGUUAUACAAAGAGAGGUCAGGCCUCGCCAUUCACACGCCGAUCUAGUCGCUAGGCCACUAUACAGAGACGACAUUUUCUUUAGCGGCAGUUUGAUCAGACUACCCCAAUAUACGUCUCGGAAUUCUCUGGGUUACCACAUGGCAGUUACUCACGUGCCAACUAAGGAAGAUGCUCAAGAAGAAGAGUCGGGAAAAUGCCGUCUGUGCCCAGAAGCAGUGAAGCGGACCCUCGCUACCAUGUUGGAUGUGAGCUUAUUCCGAUCACCGACGUUCGUGAUUCUCGCCGUGUCAGGUUUCUUCACGAUGCUGGGAUUCUUUGUUCCUUACAUGUAUGUCAAACAGAGAGCGAUGGAAAAAGGAGGCAUUGACGCAACAACUAGCACCUUGUUGGUGUCGACGAUCGGUGUGGCGAACAUCGUGGGCCGUAUGGCAUGUGGUCUGGUGUCAUCGAUGCCCAAAGUAUCUCCGCUGUGGCUGAACAAUAUUGCGCUGACGGCUGGUGGAAUAGCGACUAUAUUCAGUGGAUACUGCUUCCAUGUAGGCUACCAGUUUGCAUACUGCGCAUUGUUUGGACUUGCUGUUGCUUGUUUCGCGUCACUGCGGUCGAUCCUGGUGGUAGAAUAUAUCGGGCUGGAGCAGCUUACCAACUGCUUCGGGCUCUUCCUGCUCUUCCAAGGUUUCGGCGCAUUAUUAGGUUCUCCAAUUGCGGGAGCUAUAAAGGACAUGACGGGAGACUUCGUGGUCCCAUUCUACGUGGCUGGAGGGUUCCUGCUGUUCUCUGCCCUAAUGUGCUAUCCCAUCGACUACAUCAGCCGAUGGGAGAAGUCGCGCUCCAAGCUCGCUACGCCACCCCCCAAAGUCUGAUCUCUUCCGGACCAUACGGGACCAUGAUACACCGGACUCAUUUCGGUUCAAUAAAGACAAGGUGCCAAAACCCCGGUCGAUAAUGUACGUUAGACCCUGCGGAUGAAUCUCAGGUGACGACGUGACUGUAAAAUGUACAAAUUAAGCUGUUCAGAUAUAUAGGACGAUACCUCGAAUACGAAAUUCAUAAGUAGAAACAUUCCCAGUAGAAUUGGACAAUGCUCGAGAUUGCUUUGCAAUGGCUCAGAUAAGUCAGAUCUUGCAUUUAAAUAUAGAAUUUAGAAAGUACAAAGACUCGAAAUAUUUAUCGUAGUGGCAGUUUUGUCAGUGUCCAGUUGUUAGUGGAUGUGGUCUGAAGCCAAAACGUACUUUAUUAUUAAGAAUAGAUUUGUACUUACCGAGUGAAAACCCGAAGAAGGUCUCGAAGAGACUACUCCUAUAAUUCGUCUUCCAUAAAAUCUAAGUAAAAUUUUAAAAUUAUCUACAAUAUUGAUAAUUAUAUAUCUAGAAGAAUACGAAACAGAUAUUUACAGUAAACUAUUUUAUGCAGCAACUAAUAAACGUUUUGGAUCCUUUCUUGAUAUACAAAUCGCAUGCACCCUAGUGAAACAAACCCCCCGGUACGGAGUACAUAUUAUAAGACUUUUACACAUAACAAAGUAAUUUAAUUGCAUAUCAUUAUGCAAAGUGAUUUUAUAUUAUUUAAAGGUUUGCUAGUUGUAAUGUUCGUGCCUUAUUGAAUGAGUGGUACUUAUUAGAUUAUACUGUACACUAUUUUAUAUACAAGUUCCCAGAUGGGAAGGAAAGUUCCGUUUGUACUAUACUUACAAGGCCUUUUAUACUUUUUUAUGUGUUUGACAUAAACAUUAUAUUUAACUUAGAAUAAGAAUUACUGCUGUGGCUGUGGUAUAUUAGCGUAUUCUAGAGUUUGUAAAUAAGAAAUCAUAGUCAUCGGGUAUUCUAUUGUAUUUUGGUUUGUUAAAAUCGCCCUGUCCUAUUGUAUGUCAACCGGUGUACCCAUAUCAAAAUCGUCACAUAUUCGAAUUUGGUGAUGUUGAUAGGGGUACUAAGUAGAAGAAGUCUUCUACUCUACUUCUACUAGUAAAAGUAUUUCCACUUGUAUACCGACCUACCUUAAGUGAUACUCCCAAAAAGUGGUUUGUUUACAAAACACCUUAUUAAUAGCAAGAAUGACAUGCCCCUUUUGCUUAAAUAAUUCGAAAGAGUGGACCAGUGCAGAGUUAUACCGGAUACCGCGCUGUACGGCUAGCAUGACGUGACUGUCUGGCGAAGAAUAAUAAUACUUUUUUUAUUAAUUUAAUUAUUUACAAGUUAACAAGUUACUAUAUACGUUUGUGCAAUCAUGCCAUAUUUUUAAUUAAAAUAUGAAAUCACUGCCAAUAUUUUUAUUACUUUAUUUUUUCUUCUGUUUAUUUUAUCAUAUUUUUUACAUGAUGCUGGUCAUUGCAAAAAUAUGAAAAGUAUUUACGUACAUCAAUAUGAAUACUUAUAAAAGGAAGUCGUUUUUAUAACUCGUUGAUAUAGAUUUCGGAGUGGUUGUACCUAUAAAGACUGUACACGAUGAAACCCGGCCACACAUGAUGUGGUAACUCUUAUAAAUGAAUGUACAUUUUUAAGCAGCACUUUUCCCUUAAUAAUUUGUGGUUAUCAAACUACAUAGUUAAAUUAUAAACAUAUUAUAAAGUUAGGUUGUCUGUGACUUUGAGCGUUAUGUAUUCCACAGUGCCUAUAUUUUUUUGUCCACGGUUUUCUGACAGUUUUUACCUACCUAAUUUUCCAGGUAAAAAUAUUUUCUGAGGUAUUUGACUUAUUGACAAAAAAAUGCCUCUUAAACGGUACUUUUAAUUAACAAUUUAGGUAAAAGUAUAGUUAUUUAUGGAAUGGGGAGUUAAAAAUAUCAAAAUGGAAAUUGUAUAACAAAUCCUUUAAACCCAAAUUUCAGUUGCUCUUCGUAAAAAAAAUUUAAAAGUCGUACUUUGAACGUAAAAUACUCUAGUGCAGACACGUAUCAUUUUCUAAACACCUUUUAGAACAACAAUAACCCUCUUUCAGAUCAUGAGAAAUGAAAAGUAUGUUUUUGGUAAAAUCACAUUCUAAUGAGCAUAAAACAGCUUAUGAAAUUAUAAGUACAAUUGUGGCAUUGUAGUAGGUAGCGAGUAAAGAUUAUCAAAAACGCUGGACAAAAAAUGGUAGGUAUGAUGGAAUAUAUUCGGCGAAAACUCACAGAAGCCCAUACAUUGUAAUAUGAUUGUAUUUUUUUAUAAAUUAUAAUAAUUACAGAUUGUUAAAAUAAAAGAACUGCUUCAAUACAUUGUGUAUUCGGUAAAAAUAUAUCAAGAUACAAACCCAGCCAGUUUCAUCGUGUACAGUCUUAUUUUAUUUAUUUUAUAAGUUGUUUUGUUUAUGAUUAUGACUAUGAUUUUUUGUGUGUAUUGGGUGUGGAUACCACAGUGCCAUAUUAAAAUGUUAUGUCCAGUUGCUUGCGAUAUUCCUUUACGAAAAAAAACGAGGCAAAUAAUAGAUCGAAAUCACAACAGAGCGAUGGAACUAGGAUUUUAUUUUUAAGAAACUAAACAUAUUUACGUAAUCUGGUUUAUUCCAAACUUUGACUUUCAUAUAUGUUUAAUUUAUGAACAAAUACUCUAUCAACACAACAGUCUCCUUUCUUAAUUUUUUUUUUUGCUGAUGCAAAUAAUAAGUAGCAAAACUUGAUUAAAAUUCGAAAGGCGCUGGUUGAUCUAAGAGUUUAUGUUUUUCAACGUAUGGUCGACCCAGGAAGUGAAGCCAUUUUAUGGGAGUCCCAGGAGUCAAAAACCUCAAAAAAAUACAUGUCUUGAAUAUUUUUUCAGACUGAGGUCAACGUUGUGAAAAAUGUUGAAAAACACUGAUGUAGGCAUAAUUAGCCAUGCGAAUGUUUCUAUGCGAAUACUACAGAAGAAUAAUAAUGAAAACUUGUAUAAUGUUUGUAAUAAAUACAGGGAAUAUUAAACUAAUUACACUCCUAGAUUAGAAAUUAUGGAAGGAAUGCAAGCAAUGUUACGUAGCCUAGUGAAAUAGAUGAGUGUUUUAACCAGGGUUUACCCUUUGCAACAAUUUAUACAAAUAUAUUUGUUGAACUAUU